AUGUUCCUGACCGUUUACCUCAGUAACAAUGAUCAACAUUUUACUGAGGUUCCCAUUACUACGGAAACGUUAUGUCGGGACGUGGUGGACUUGUGCAAAGAGUCGGGGGAGUCCGACUGUCACCUGGCAGAAAUGUGGCGCGGAUCAGAGCGAUCCGUAGGGGAUGGGGAGCGGAUGCUGGAUGUACUCCAACGAUGGGGACAACAUAGGGCGGAGGUGCGAUUCUUUCUUCGUCACAACCGAGCACCAAGUAGGGAAUCGGGAGGGUCCAGAGACUCAGACUCGAAGAGAAAUGGAGUAAAGGGACCCCCAGACAGAAGGAUGGAGAAUGGGAUGUCCACACCCAGGAUGGACAUGACUUUGUCCGAGCUCCAAGAGAUGGCAGCCAGGCAGCAGCAGCAGAUUGAAUCCCAACAGCAACUUCUCGCUUCCAAGGAGCAGAGAUUGCGCUACCUAAAGCAGCAGGAGCAGCGUCAUCAGCAGCAGGUGUCUGAGCAGGAGAAGCUCCAGCGCCUCCGCGACAACAUAGAAAACCAGGAAGGCCGUCUUAAGAAGGUCCGAGCCCUCAAGGGCCAAGUGGAGCAGAAACGCCUAAGCAACGGCAAACUCGUGGAGGAAAUCGAGCAGAUGAACAACCUCUUCCAGCAGAAGCAAAGAGAGCUAGUGAUGGCGGCGUCCAAGGUGGAGGAGCUCAGCCGACAGCUAGACUUGCUCAAAAGUGGCAAGGUGGACAACUUCCACGACAACCAGAGCUCUGUGGCUGAACUGGACCGCCUCUACAAGGAGCUACAGUUGAGGAACAAGCUCAACCAAGACCAAAACUCAAAACUACAACAGCAACGUGAGAACCUGAAUAAGCGCAACUUGGAGGCGGCCGCCAUGGACAAGAGGAUCAGCGAGUUGCGCGAUCGGCUGUGGAAGAAAAAAGCGGCGCUGCAGCAGAAGGAGAACGUGCCUAAUGGCUAUCCCAGUAAAGAGAGAGCUCCCAAAGACACACAUCUUCAGUUGCCGUCUGAUGGCCCAGCCAGCUUACAACAGUCAGGUGGUCCAUCUCGUGUGGCGGCGGUUGGACCGUACAUCCAGUCAUCCACCCUGCCCCGUGGUGGCCCGGGCAGAACCGAACUGCUUGUGAAACCGGCUUACCCCGACGGCACCUCCACCUUGCCUACGCACGAUUUGCACAGCAAGCCCGGAACAGGGAACCAUUCAUCUAAACUGGAGUUCAACGGUCAUGGUCCAGCUUCUUCAACACUCCCACGAAUGACAUCUCAUUCACACAAAGACCAAGAUGACUCUGAGCCCAAGAGGGACAAGAAGGUGCGUCCAUUUUCCAUGUUUGAACCAACUGAGGUUCCCGCCACCUCACUCCGCAAAAACCAGAGCAGUGACGACUUGGUCAGGGAUGCUCAGUCUGCUCCAAAGGUUCUAGUCAAGGUGCCACCGCCAGUUCCCACCAAACCGAAAGGCCCAAAUAUCAUCCCAUACGGCAAAGCGGGUCUCAACACAGGCACCUUCCCUAAAACUAAACCCCACAGCAGCCAUCCCCAGUCGGGCCAAAGCCACACCCUUCUCCCCGCCUCCCAGAGCCAGACGCUUCCCUUGCCUCCCAAGCAGGACCCUCCGCCCGCAGCCACGGUGCGACCCUUCACCCCCGAGCUGCCUUCCUCCAAGCCACAGACCCUCGCUACCAGCUCCAUUUACUCCAUGUACACCCAACAAGUCGGCAUCCAUGGUGCUCUCAGUAGAGCUCAGAGUCGCAGCAACGGCUUUGUCAGUGUGUACGGAAAGCCGGUGAUUCCCGGCGGAGGCCCCCAGCAUGUGGAGAACCCCUACCUGGAACGUCGUUCCCCAGCACCGGAGUCAGAGGUGGACCAUAACGUAGCCAACCACACGGGUCCGAGUCCGUCCGACAGCGCCCAACCAGAGACUGAGCGCAUCCCGCGGCCCCUCAGCCCCACCAAGCUGCUGCCUUUCAUUUCCAACCCCUACCGUCACCAGAGCGACGGUGACCUGGAGGCCCUCAGGAAGAAGCUCUACAAUGCCCCCAGGCCCUUGAAGAAGCGCAGCUCUAUCACAGAGCCGGAAGGGCCCGCCGGGCCCAACAUCCAGAAGCUCCUUUACCAGAAAACCACUCUGGCCGCCAUGGAGACCACUGCUGUCACGCCAACUACUCCCACUUUUCCUGGUGAAGCAGAGAAAGGGGCAGAAGUACCUGUGGGUGUGCACCUUCCGGGCCCCUUAAAUGGCACAGAGGACCACCGUUCAGAUGCCGGAACGGAGAGACCCCAAUUCCCAAAUAGUAAUGUUCACAUUCCAGCACCUGCGGAACAAACCAGAUUGACGCCCGCCCUACUCGAGGCCGAAGACAUCGUUCCUCCACCUCCUCCGUCACACCCGGCCCCUCGUCCCGAAGACAUGCUCUUCCCGCCACCGCCUCCUUCUCUUCUGGAGGACCCUGUCCCUAAUCUGCCCCCUGCGCCUCCAGAUGGCUUUCUUGAAGAGUUCCCCCCUUACCCUCCCCCGCCAUACCCCAGUGGAGCAGAGCAGGACAGCUUGGGGGAGGACACCUUUAAUAUGAAAGCUCCUGAAGUCACCGGUCAGGUUGCAUUGCCACCGGGCAAGAGGACCAACCUUCGGAAGCUGGGUUCGGAGCGUAUCGACCACAACAUGCGAGUCAAGUUUAACCCGCUGGCGCUGCUGCUCGACUCGUCUCUUGAGGGAGAAUUUGACCUAGUCCAGAGAAUUAUCUAUGAGGUGGAGGACCCCAGCCAGCCCAACGACGAAGGCAUCACCGCGCUCCACAACGCCGUGUGCGCCGGACACACGGAGAUUGUCAAGUUUCUGGUCCAGUACGGCGUCAACGUCAACGCUGCGGACAGCGAUGGCUGGACACCUCUUCACUGUGCUGCCUCCUGCAACAACGUUCAGGUGUGCAAGUUCCUGGUGGAGUCGGCCGCUGCAGUCUUUAACACAACAUACAGCGACAUGCAGACGGCGGCCGACAAGUGUGAAGAGAUGGAAGAAGGCUACACGCAGUGCUCGCAGUUCCUCUAUGGCGUUCAAGAGAAGAUGGGCAUCAUGAACAGGGGCGUAGUCUACGCCUUGUGGGACUUUACGGGAGAGAACCCCGACGAGCUGUCCUUCCGCGAGGGCGACUGCAUGACAGUUGUCCGUAGGGAGGACGAGAACGAGGUCGAAUGGUGGUGGGCACGCCUGGGAGACAACGAGGGCUACAUACCUCGAAAUCUACUCGGGCUGUACCCAAGAAUAAAGCCACGACAGAGAAGCCUCGCUUAA